GGUCGUCGAACAAAUUCAGUGGACUGUCGAACAAAUUUAGUACAACAAUCCAAUUCAAUCCUCCUUACCCACAAGCUGUUGAGUUGAAGUCAUGGGCCAAAACAAUUGAACCAAUGCUUAAUGCAUACAAGGUAAAGAGUACAUCUUCCACAGGCUAUGUUAUGGUGGUGCCCUUUGAGGAUGAAAUCAUAGCUAUUUCCAAUAUCCAAGCGCAACCUCAAGGACAAGUAUUUUAUGUUGAGGCUGAACUUUCUCUGCCAAAUGAGAAUCAACGCUUUUGUGUGUUAUCUUGUUCUGACUGUAAGCAAUUGUUCACGAGAUCUUUCUCUUGGAGGACAAUUUAUUGUACAAAUUGUCAACGAUCCACUCAUCUAAUUCCAAGAUGUCAAUUUGAAGUCACUGUUAGAGAUAAUAGUAGUUUUGCAACAGCCAUUAUUUCUGACAAACAUGCCGAGAAAAUGUUAAGCCUCAGCUCAGAAGAAAUUUAUGACAUCUACCAUGUCAAGAGACAAAUUUUACCUCUUGCAGAUGUGCAGAAACAGUUGAGUGGAAAGAUAUUCAAAAUUCAAAUGAAAAAAUUAUUUACAAAAUAUCAUGAUACAGUGCAAAAGUUGUCUAUUUUAUCUUACAUGAACAAAGACAAUGAGAUCCACCAAGAGUUCCCGCCAACCAUGAUGGAUGUUGCCGAGGGGAGAAAAAGCAAAAUUGAACAUCUUAGCUUGGAGGGAAGAGAAUCUCAAGAGACAACUAACAAAGACGAUGCUUUCCACUACAAGCGGGGCUUGGAAAUAAAGACUCCUCUUUUGAAAAAGUAAUUGUAAGUUGAAGCCACAUUUUCCUACUGUUUUGGGAUGCAUUUGAAGGCAUUUUGCUGCUAUUUUUGGAUGCGGUUAAAGCCACAGCGAUGUUGCUGCUUUCUACUUGUGGUUAAAGCAAAUCUUUUGCUGGUGUAAUAUUAGAUGUCAGUACUUUUGUUGCACUACAAUGAAGAACAAUUACUGUAUGGAGAAAGAAUCACCUUUUGUGUAUAGAUACUCAUGGAUGUAAAAAUUAUGCUACUUUUGAAGUAAAAUGCAUCUCUUUUGGUCGAUAUGUAAUACCUAUAUGUAUAUAUUUAGUAUUCUCAUGGAUGUGAAUAUUGUGUCACUUUCUAAUUUCUGUCUCAA